CGCGACGCAGCGGCGCAGCGCCGAGGUCGUGGGAUCUGGACGUACCUAUACGCCGAGCCGGCCCCAGUUCUGUGGCAGCAUUCUGACUGAACGAACAUACGCGAAAUCUGAGUGUGAAUAGUGCCCAGCGAAUUCAUUACAACUUUUCCACAACAAUGUCCAACGUCAUGGAUGUGCAAACGCAGGACAACCUGCAGUACCAGUUUUACCCGGUGUCAUCAGGUUCGGUACAAUUUAAAGUCCGUGCAGCCAAUGAUGCUCACUUGGCCCUGACUAUGGCACCUCAGGAAUCCGACCCUAUGUAUGAGGUAUUUAUCGGUGGUUGGGGUAACAGUAAGAGCGUAAUCAGAAGGAACCGAACCAAACCCGAUAAAGUUGAAGCAGACACCCCUGGUAUUUUAAACGGCGGUGAAUUCCGUGGUUUUUGGGUACGCUGGGAUGGCGGCGUCGUUUCCGCCGGCCGCGAAGGAGAAGUCAUUCCGUUCAUAUCCUGGACGGAUCCCGAACCAUUCCCUGUAGCUUUCGUGGGAGUAUGCACAGGCUGGGGUGCCUCCGGCUCUUGGAAAAUCGAAGAUGGUGCUGAAUUUAACACACCGGACAAGUUAGAGUAUAAAUUUGGACCUGUAGCUGCGGGCUCUCUGCAAUUUGAUUACCGUGGCCCCCAUAAUGCUCAUAUUUGUCUGACACCCGCGCCCGCUGAAAUUAAUCCGAUGUAUGAAAUCAUACUGGGAGGCUGGGAAAACACCCAAUCCGUAAUUAGGCAUUGCAGAGAGAAACCAGAUAAGGUUACAAUACCGACGCCAGGAAUAAUGAAUCCUAACGAGUUUAGGAAAUUUCUGAUCGAAUGGAAAUGCGGCAGACUACUCGUGAGGGACGGAAAUUCUGGAGCAGUUCUCAUGGAAUGGGUUGACCCAGCUCCUUUCCCCGUGACACAUUUCGGCGUCCGCACAGGCUACGGCGCCCGUGGUCACUGGCGCAUCUCCCACUUCAGCGCACCUGGCAGCCCGCCACCGUCGGCGCCCGUCGCAGCUCCCCUGUACAGCAGCCCGCCCGGAUACCCCGGCGGUCCCGUCGGUGGAGCCGGCCAAUGGGUAGACGCUGCUAAUGGCCAGCUGCCUCCCGGCGCUGUGCCCGGUGGACAAGACUGCAACGGCGAGCCUAUAUUCGUUGCGAGAGCACAACACGAGGGCGCCACUAUCCCUGGAAAGCUAGUCCAGUCGCACGGCUGCGCGUUCGUCCCGUGGGGCGGCAUGGAGCAUAGCAAACCUCAAUAUCAGGUACUGGUUGGAGGUCCCAACAACUGGGUACCAACAAAUGGAUCGGCCAUUCCUCCGGGAGCAUUCCCAGGAGGUGCGUCGGAAGAUGGAGAAACCCUGUUCGUAGGCCGGGUGCGCCACGAAGGCAGCCUUACCACAGGCAAGGUCCAGCAAUCCCAUGGUGUUUGCUACAUCUCCUUCGGUGGACAGGAAUUAGGCUUCCCCGACUACGAAGUUCUCGUCUCCUAAGUCAUUUCAGCCUACAGUAAUCACUUCAUAACAUUAUAGAUCUGACAGGCUAUCUAAGUCCAAAUAAUGUUGUUGUAGAAACAAAAAGAUAAUCACGCUGCGAUUCUAUGUUUUUUGUUACUUAUGUUAUUUAAUGCACUGCAUAAUAGAUUGUAUAAGAACUUUCUGUAAG